AAUCUGAUGUUUUUCAAAAUAUUGAACAUAAUAAUGGAAUAACAGUUUUUAUCACACAAGGUUACUCACCAAUUCUUAUUCAUGAAGAUGCUACAAAAAAAUUGAAAACAAUCAAGGAGUUCCCAGAUCUAAAUCUACGUGUUCCAGCAUUGAUCUUUCAUCCCAUUAAAUGGAUGGAUUGGAUUGAUCAACUAUAA